CUUCACUCUCACCCCCACACUUCAUUUCUUUAUCAGCUUCUCUCUAUAUAACAAUCUCUCACACUCUCUUCUUCCAGCUACCCAUUUCUGCUCUUCUCUGCUGUUUCUGAUCUCUACUGCAAUGGAACAAAUAUCUGCCGACGCCCAUCAAGCUUCUCCUUCACGAUAUCGCGGCAUUCGCCAGCGAAAAUGGGGGAAAUGGGUGUCUGAAAUAAGGGAACCUGGGAAGAAAACGCGCAUUUGGCUUGGAAGUUAUGAGUUGCCGGAGAUGGCUGCUGCUGCUUAUGAUGUUGCUGCAUUGCAUCUCCGAGGACCUGGAGUUCACCUAAAUUUUCCUGAACUUGUUGAUAGUUUUCCUAGGCCUAAGAGUUCUAGAGCUGAGGAUGUGCAAAUGGCAGCUCAAGAGGCUGCUUUGUGGUUUAGAAAUACAAGGUCAAUGAUGAGAUGUUCAGAGAUGGUCGAUGGUUCUAGUGGUGGUGGAAGUGAUGGUGGCUGCGGUGGUGGUUUGGGACCUGUAAGGACUGGUCUUUCGCCGAGUCAGAUUCAAGCUAUUAAUGAAACCCCGUUGGAUUCACCCAAGAUGUGGAUGGAGUUGGCUGGAGCUUUGCUGCUUGGAGAGCCCAUGGUUUUUGGAGAUGAUGAUUUUGAAUUCAAUGAGUUUGAGGAAAUUCAAGAUGCCUUACCAAUUUGGGAUUAUUAAUUUUAACACAUACAAAUUAUUCAAAAAAAAAAAUUAACAAUUUAUUGCAAAAUUUUCCUUUCUGUUUUAUUAAAGGAAAAUGAAUUCUCAUAUAAUAAUGUUUUAAUUCUUUGUUAAGAAAGAAUUACUCUUCACAAUUAUUGAUGUAUCAAUUUGCAAUUUAGUAGAAUAUUCAAGA